AUGCUGGACCCCUCGUCCAGCGAAGAGGAAUCGGAUGAGAUCGUGGAGGAGGAGAGCGGCAAGGAGGCGCUGGGCUCGGCCGCGCCCGGCGCGCGCCUGUCCCCCAGCCGCACCAGCGAGGGCUCGGCUGGCGGCGCGGGGCUGGGGGGCGGCGGCGCGGGCGCCGGGGCCGGUGUCGGCGCCGGCGGCGGGGGCAGCGGAGCCAGCGGCGGCGGCGGGGCCGGGGGGCUGCAGCCCAGCAGCCGCGCCGGCGGCGGCCGGCCCUCCAGCCCCAGCCCGUCGGUGGUGAGUGAGAAGGAGAAGGAGGAGCUGGAGCGGCUGCAGAAGGAGGAGGAGGAGAGGAAGAAGCGGCUGCAGCUCUACGUGUUCGUGAUGCGCUGCAUCGCCUACCCCUUCAACGCCAAGCAGCCCACCGACAUGGCCCGGCGGCAGCAGAAGAUCAGCAAACAGCAGCUGCAGACCGUCAAGGACCGCUUCCAGGCUUUCCUCAACGGGGAAACCCAGAUCGUGGCUGACGAGGCCUUCAUGAAUGCUGUCCAGAGCUACUACGAGGUGUUCCUGAAGAGCGACCGCGUGGCCCGCAUGGUGCAGAGUGGGGGCUGCUCCGCCAACGACUCCCGGGAGGUCUUCAAGAAGCACAUCGAGAAGAGGGUGCGCAGCCUCCCUGAGAUCGACGGCCUCAGCAAGGAGACCGUGCUGAGCUCCUGGAUGGCCAAGUUCGACGCCAUCUACCGCGGGGAAGAGGACCCCAGGAAGCAGCAGGCCCGGAUGACCGCCAGCGCAGCCUCUGAGCUGAUUCUGAGCAAAGAGCAGCUCUACGAGAUGUUCCAGAACAUCCUUGGGAUCAAGAAGUUUGAACAUCAGCUCUUGUACAACGCUUGCCAGCUGGACAAUCCAGAUGAGCAGGCAGCACAGAUCCGACGGGAGCUGGAUGGACGACUCCAAAUGGCAGACCAGAUAGCCAGGGAACGCAAAUUCCCCAAGUUUGUAUCCAAAGAAAUGGAAAACAUGUACAUCGAGGAGCUGAAGUCGUCCGUCAACCUGCUCAUGGCCAACUUGGAGAGCAUGCCGGUGUCCAAGGGCGGGGAGUUCAAGCUUCAGAAGCUCAAGCGCAGCCACAAUGCUUCCAUCAUCGACCUGGGCGAGGAGAGUGAGAACCAGCUCUCUAAGUCGGACGUCGUGCUGGCUUUCUCCUUGGAGGUUGUGAUCAUGGAAGUGCAAGGCCUCAAAUCCUUGGCUCCCAAUCGCAUCGUGUACUGCACCAUGGAGGUGGAAGGGGGAGAGAAACUGCAGACCGACCAGGCCGAGGCUUCUAAGCCCACCUGGGGCACCCAGGGCGACUUCUCCACGACCCACGCACUGCCUGCUGUGAAGGUGAAGCUGUUCACAGAGAGCACCGGCGUCCUGGCCUUGGAGGACAAGGAACUGGGACGGGUCAUUCUCCAUCCCACCCCGAACAGCCCUAAGCAGUCAGAGUGGCACAAAAUGACAGUCUCCAAAAACUGCCCCGAUCAAGACCUCAAAAUCAAACUUGCUGUCCGAAUGGAUAAGCCUCAAAACAUGAAGCAUUCUGGGUAUUUGUGGGCCAUCGGCAAGAAUGUGUGGAAGCGAUGGAAGAAGAGGUUCUUUGUGUUGGUGCAGGUCAGUCAGUACACCUUCGCCAUGUGCAGUUACCGGGAGAAGAAAGCGGAGCCUCAGGAGCUGCUGCAGCUGGACGGCUACACUGUGGAUUACACCGACCCCCAGCCAGGUUUGGAAGGUGGUCGAGCCUUCUUCAAUGCAGUCAAAGAAGGAGACACCGUGAUAUUUGCAAGUGAUGACGAGCAAGAUCGCAUCCUGUGGGUCCAAGCCAUGUACCGGGCCACCGGGCAGUCACACAAGCCUGUGCCCCCGACCCAAGUGCAGAAACUCAAUGCCAAGGGAGGGAACGUGCCCCAGCUGGAUGCCCCCAUAUCCCAAUUCUACGCAGAUAGAGCUCAAAAGCAUGGCAUGGAUGAAUUUAUCUCGUCCAACCCCUGUAACUUUGACCACGCUUCCCUCUUUGAGAUGGUGCAACGCCUUACUUUGGAUCACAGACUUAAUGAUUCCUAUUCUUGCCUGGGCUGGUUCAGUCCCGGGCAGGUGUUUGUGCUUGAUGAGUACUGCGCCCGGAAUGGAGUCCGAGGCUGCCACCGGCAUCUCUGCUACCUCCGAGACCUGCUGGAGCGGGCGGAGAACGGAGCCAUGAUCGACCCCACCCUCCUGCACUACAGCUUUGCCUUCUGCGCAUCCCACGUCCACGGGAACAGGCCCGAUGGGAUCGGAACUGUGACUGUGGAAGAAAAGGAGCGUUUUGAAGAAAUCAAAGAGAGACUCAGAGUUCUGUUGGAAAAUCAGAUUACACAUUUCAGGUACUGCUUCCCAUUUGGUCGGCCUGAAGGUGCUUUGAAAGCUACUCUCUCACUUCUGGAAAGGGUUUUGAUGAAAGAUAUUGUUACCCCAGUGCCACAAGAGGAGGUAAAAACAGUCAUCCGUAAAUGUCUAGAGCAGGCUGCUUUAGUCAACUAUUCCCGGCUAUCAGAAUAUGCCAAAAUUGAAGAAAAUGUAGGCCGGUUAAUCACCCCCGCCAAAAAGCUCGAAGACACAAUCCGCCUGGCUGAACUAGUCAUUGAGGUUCUCCAGCAGAAUGAGGAGCAUCACGCAGAGGCCUUUGCGUGGUGGUCGGACUUGAUGGUGGAGCAUGCCGAGACGUUCUUGUCGCUCUUCGCGGUGGACAUGGAUGCAGCCUUGGAGGUGCAGCCCCCGGACACGUGGGACAGCUUCCCACUGUUUCAGCUGCUGAAUGACUUCCUGCGCACCGACUAUAAUUUGUGCAAUGGAAAAUUCCACAAACACCUGCAAGACCUGUUUGCCCCACUUGUGGUUAGAUAUGUGGAUUUGAUGGAGUCCUCAAUUGCACAAUCCAUUCACAGGGGCUUUGAGCGGGAGUCAUGGGAACCAGUCAACAACGGAUCAGGCACCUCAGAGGAUCUGUUCUGGAAGCUCGAUGCCCUUCAGACCUUCAUUCGGGACUUACACUGGCCCGAGGAAGAGUUUGGGAAGCACCUGGAGCAACGGCUGAAGCUGAUGGCAAGUGACAUGAUAGAGUCUUGUGUCAAAAGAACCAGGAUUGCAUUUGAAGUUAAGCUGCAAAAAACCAGUCGAUCAACAGAUUUUCGAGUCCCACAGUCAAUAUGCACCAUGUUUAAUGUUAUGGUUGAUGCCAAAGCUCAAUCAACAAAACUUUGCAGCAUGGAAAUGGGCCAAGAGCAUCAGUACCAUUCAAAAAUAGACGAACUCAUUGAAGAAACCGUUAAAGAAAUGAUAACACUCCUGGUGGCAAAGUUUGUUACUAUCUUGGAAGGAGUGUUGGCAAAAUUAUCCAGAUAUGACGAAGGGACGUUGUUUUCUUCUUUCUUGUCAUUUACCGUGAAGGCAGCUUCCAAGUAUGUGGAUGUCCCUAAACCCGGGAUGGACGUGGCCGAUGCCUACGUGACUUUCGUCCGCCACUCUCAGGAUGUCCUCCGUGAUAAGGUCAAUGAGGAGAUGUACAUAGAAAGGUUAUUUGAUCAAUGGUACAACAGCUCCAUGAGCGUGAUCUGCACCUGGCUGACGGACCGGAUGGACUUACAGCUUCACAUUUAUCAGUUGAAAACACUAAUUAGGAUGGUAAAGAAAACCUACAGGGACUUCCGAUUGCAAGGGGUCCUGGACUCGACCUUGAACAGCAAGACGUACGAAACCAUCCGGAACCGUCUCACUGUGGAGGAAGCCACCGCGUCGGUGAGCGAGGGCGGCGGCCUGCAGGGCAUCAGCAUGAAGGACAGCGACGAGGAGGACGAAGAGGACGAUUAG